GCUGAGAGAGAGCUGAGAAAGGGGGGAGAGAGAGCAAGCAAGAGAGGGAGAGAGCUAAGAGAGAGGGAGAGAGAGCGAUAGCUGUGAAGAGAGAACAAGCAAGAAAGAGUAUGUAUACUACAGAAUCCACUGCCUUCUCUACUAUUCCCACAUCUCUGUGAUUAUGAACUGGAGCAAGGAGUGAAUCUCAGGAGCAUGUUUUGCGGGUGUAUUUUGGGACUGUCAGCUACAAUGUUGGCAUGAAAUUAAAUGAAAAAAGGCUUUGAAUCUGUCUGUCUUGGAGGUGGAAAAGAGCGUGGAAACAUAGGAAAUGCAAACGAUUUCAUAGACUGAAUUGGAUUUAACGCAACAAGGGAAAUGCUGUCAAACUGGAGUUACAAUUAAACCUUAAGGGACUGGCACUGAGGACACGACCCUGCUGCCCGUGGAUUGGAUACAUAGCGCUACCCAGAUCAGCCUGUUCAGACUCAUAGCUCCUCAGUGGGGCAAAUCACUUUGUGUAGUUCACUGGGGAAAGAGGAGGAAGCUGACUUUAUGGGUCCCUUUCAACAAGUUGGAAAUCGCAAAUUCAACAAUGAGAGGUUUGGAAGGAAUCAGUGGCUAACAGCAAGCAUUUCAAAGCAACCACUAGCCUGCUUUCAGUGGAGUGGUUGUGUGUUUUUUUUUCAGAGAUUCCACCCUAAAUACAGAGAAUGCCAGACUGAUGACAAAGUUUGAUGACAAAAUUUGCCCACAAAGGACCACCGUGCCACCUUCCUGUUUAAGUGAGCACAGCACAAGGUAAUGACGUGGCUCAGGUUUGACCCCGGAGAUGCCGAAGAGACGAGACAUUCUGGCCAUCGUGUUGAUCGUGUUGCCUUGGACGCUACUUAUCACUGUUUGGCAUCAGAGUGCCAUCACCCCUCUGCUAGCUGCUCGAAAGUGUAAAGGUCAUUCCUCAAAUUCCCCAUGUAGGGGGUUUUAUGAUGACAGACAUGAGAGUCGGCGAGACUCCCGGGACACCUUCACCCUCAAGGAGCCCUGCACCUCAGAGAACAACAAGGACAUUGUGGAGGUUGUGCGCACCGAGUACGUCUACAGCCGCCAGCCACCCUGGUCUGAUGUCCUCCCCACCCUCCACGUCAUCACCCCAACCUACAGCCGGCCGGUCCAGAAGGCAGAGCUGACCCGUCUGGCCAACACCUUCCUCCACGUGCCCAACCUGCACUGGAUCCUGGUUGAGGACUCUCAGCGACAAACCCUGCUAGUCACCAGGCUCCUUCAGGAAACAGGCCUGAACUACACCCACCUUAAUGUGGAGACACCCAGGAACUAUAAGCUGCGUGGGGACAUGAGGGACCCCAGGAUACCCCGGGGAACCAUGCAGAGGAACUUGGCUCUGCGCUGGCUUAGAGAGACCUUCAGCCCCAACAACAGCAACAGCCAGCCUGGUAUCGUCUACUUUGCAGACGAUGAUAACACCUAUAGUCUGGAUCUGUUUGAGGAGAUGCGUUCAACAAGGAAGGUGUCUGUGUGGCCUGUAGCCUUUGUGGGCGGCCUGCGGUACGAGUCCCCUAAAGUCAAUACCCUGGGCAAGGUUUACGGCUGGAAGACUGUGUUUGACCCCAACCGACCCUUUGCCAUAGACAUGGCUGGGUUUGCGGUGAACCUCCACCUCAUUCUCUUUAAGCCUCAGGCCUACUUCAAGCUGCGGGGAGUCAAGGGAGGGUACCAGGAGAGCAGCUUACUGCGGGAGCUGGUCACCCUCAGCGACUUGGAGCCCAAGGCUGCUAAUUGCACUAAGGUACUUGUAUGGCACACUAGGACAGAGAAGCCUGUCCUGGUGAACGAGGGAAAGAAAGGAUUUACGGACUCCAACGUGGAGAUAUGAAACUUAUUUUGGAUCACAGGUUAUAUAUGGCUGGGAUUCCAAACGGACUGACAAAAGACAAGCUCCGGGCAAACAGGAUCAGGGUGAAAUAUAUAUUUACUGUAAUACGACUGUAAAGGGAGUAAGACAGCCUUAUUGUCUACUACAAGCAGUACACAGCUACGUAUCAAUACAGGAAAUAUAUAUUUACUGUAAUACGACUGUAAAGGGAGUAAGACAGCCUUAUUGUCUACUACAAGCAGUACACAGCUACGUAUCAAUACAGGCAUAGAAUAUCAAAGCACAGAUUCAUGGAGAAUGGUGAUACUGUAUCUAGCUAAGCGCUUUACUGAUGCAUCAAUGGAAGACGCCCACAAGGAGCUUGCCAGUCGUCAGAGUGCAACUGAAGCAAAAGACUGUCGGCGGUUCAAACAACAGGAUGGCUUCAUACAGUGGUCAACAGGAAGCGGCCUUAACCCAGCUGACACAAACCAACAUGAUCGUAACCAGGCACUGGACCAAACUGAAUCAAUCAGGGGCCCCGAAUGGCUUUUGUCUGUUGGUGAUUAGUCUCCUUUUGUUGUGGAGCGGACUGUACUUGGGGUGCAGAACAGAGCUGGAUAAAGUCGUUUUUGUCUGACUGGAGUCAGGAUUGACUGACAGACUGAUCUGGAAAGGACAUGAACCCUUCCCAUGUCCCAUUGUAAAACACUGAGCUAUUCAGACAGCUCUGCUCCCUCAAACCUAUCACUAAUUAGAACACGUCUCACACACAUACACGUCUGUACACAAACAUCCACACGCAUACACGCACAGAGUAAUCAGUGUAGGAACAAUGAUUUAGCAUAACCCCCGUACUGUAAUGCCAGCUUUUAUUUGCUGUUGCAUCUUUUACUGAUCAUAUAACACUACAUCAGCACUUUCAGAUCAGGGUCUGUUGUCUGUUACAGUUUCUCAAUCACGUACAAGCAUUUUUUUUAACAAUCGAUUUUCAAAACAGAGUUCACAAGACAGAACUCUGUGGCUUUUCGCAAAACAGUAAAUGGUUGCCUUACCAAAAUGUAUUUGCCUUCUCAAAUUAUAAAUACAUUAAAUCAAAACUAAAAUUGUACAUUCAAAAUUGCUAAUAAAUUGCUAAUAAAUUCAUCAAAACAACACGACUGUACCUGCUUCUAUAAACCAAUGAGGAGAUGGGAGAGGCAGGACUUACAGCGUGCGAUCUGCGUCAGAAAUAGAACUGAUUUCUAUUUUAGCCCUUGGCAACAAAUACGCUCAUAGGCGCAUGCGAGCAGUUUUUAUUUUGCAACGCUCUCUCACGUGACGCGAGCGGUGUGGUCAGCCUGUAAGAUAUGCAAGUCAGGUACACCAGCAAAGAAAUUAUCAGAAGUUCUGUAAAUGUAUUUGAGCAUUUGAUCAUUGCUUUUCUGCUAUAGUGUGUUUCAACACCGAUUUAAAAAUUCCUUGUAUGCGAUUGAGAAAAACACAUUUUGGAGUGAAAUACGCAUCACAUUUUUUCACCUCUCCAACAGACAAUUAGGUAAGGACAUUUGCCAAUGAAACUAGAGCUAGUCAAUAAAAUAUGAUUAUUUCACAACACAUACUACAUCAGUCACAGGAUAAAUGCCUUCCCUUGAUAUGCCAUUUUCUAACCAGUCGGGACCCCAAAUGGCACAUAAUGAUAUUUGAUCUGAUAUUCAAAAGUAAACAGAGGGAAUGUCUGCUUUGUAGACAACCACUGAAAUUACACAAAUUUACCCCACAUGUCAAUGUCUCUUUUUUUCCCCUUGUUUGACAUGGUUUAUUGCGACUUAUGGCUGAUAUUUACAUUUUUUUUUCAAACAUAGCAUUGGUUUCCCUUUUUAUAAAGUAAAUCCUAUACAGUCCUGGUCUCAGGGAAGACCAAAUAUUGAAGUGCAAACAUACAGCACAGUAACUCAUAUUUGCCAAUAUGUUACAUGAUAAAUAUCACAACUAAAACUGACUAAGCCUGUCAAUCAGUGGUCAGAUGAUACAGGUGUAAUGUUUCAUUUGGAAGUUUAUUUUUUUAAAUGUAUUUAACUAGGCAAGUCCUCUUUAGGAUCCACCCUUUAAAAAAAAAUGUUUAGCCUAAAAUGACAUACCCAAAUCUAACUGCCUGUAGCUCAGGACCUGAAGCAAGGAUAUGCAUAUUCUUUAUACCAUUUUAAAGGAAACAUUUGGACGUUUGUGGAAAUGUGAAAUGAAUGUAGGAGAAUAUAACAUAUUAGAUUUGGUAAAAGAUACAUACAAUACAAAUGUUUAAAAACGUG